UCGUCUCUCUUAUUGUUUGUAGCGUCGCUUUGCUACACUUUUCGCGCACGGAUUUGUUUCAACUACGUGAAAUGUCGAGCACCGUAAAAAGCCUCAAGGUUACCUAUAACCCUAUUAAUGAGAAAAACACUUUUACCAGUGGCGACUUGCUUUGUGGUCAGGUCGCUCUGGAGGUGGCCAAAGACUGCCAAAUAGAAUCCCUGUCAAUCAAGUUUAAGGGGAAAGCCGAAGUUUUGUGGACGGAGAGACACGGCCAAACUACUGUUGUUUACCACUCCAAGGACAAGUACUUUAGCCAGAAACAUUACUUUAUUCGAGACAAAAAUCACACAGGAAAUGACAACCAGACACUGCUGACAACCCAGCAUGGAGACACGUACAGCAGUGUUGUUGCCCCAGGAUGCCAUGUCUACCCAUUUACCUUUCAGAUACCUUUCCAGGAACUUCCCUCUUCCUUCAACGGUUCUGUUGGUAAAAUUGUGUACUUGCUGGAAGCCAAGCUGAGCAGAUCAAUGAGGAUUGACAAGAAAGAUUCAACUAAGAUAAACUUUGUGUCAAAAGCAGACCUCCACAGUGUCCCUGGGCUAAUGACACCACAGCACGAGUCCAAGGAUAAGAAAAUGAAAGUUUUCACCUCAGGAACAGUAGCCAUGGAUGUAGAUAUUGAAAAAUCAGGUUUCUUCCAAGGAGAGGGAUUAAAGGUUCUGGCCUUCAUUCAGAACAACUCCUCUCGUGAAAUCAAGCCCAAGUACUGCGUGUACAGAAAGCACAGCUUCUUUGCAAAUGGGAAGAGAAGAGUCGAUACUAAAGACCUCGUAAAAGAGGUAGGAGAACCCAUCCCUCCUUCUGCAAGCGAAAAGGUCACACGGGUCAUCACCAUCCCCCAUGAUUUGGAGCCUUCCAUCUUCAACUGCAACAUCAUCAAAGCAGAGUACAGACUCAGGGUCUACCUCGAUGUCAAAUAUGCUUCAGACCCAGAGAUCAAAUUUCCCAUAAUGAUCCUGCCGGCCUUUCAGUUUCCUGCUGCGGCACCACUGCCUGCUGCUGCUGGCUUUGGAUUAGAACCAUUUGGGAACCCAGUGCCACCAGCCUGGGGCAUUGCACCACCCCAACCACCAGUAGUACCCCAGCCUUUUGAUCUCCCUCCUCCCUAUGGAGACCAUGGGAUGUAUCCUCCUUUGACGGGUUUUGGCAACAAAUAUCAGUGAUGGGACUAUGAAGGUACUUGGGCAUUUAAAUGAAAUAAGGAGAUAGAAUAGGAAUCUACAGUUACUGCUUUGUUCAUUCAUUAAAUAUUAUAGUGUUUCGUAUAAUAUUAUCUAUCUUGUCUAGGGUUAGGGUCAUAUGUUAUCUAUGUUGUAAAUGUUAAAUGAUACACAUAUUGUAGAAAAACAGACAGUGUGCUCUGCACUGAAACAUGGUACCUAUUGCAAUACAGUGGCUCUCUUUUUUAUGUUUUUCAUAUUUAUUUGUGUUUGGUUACAGCUAAAAUUUGUUUACUGGAGUUUCAUAAUUAAAAGAGAAUAGUAUUUA